GAGCGUUCAGUUUCAUUCUGAGCCUCACUGCAGCACUUGUGUAUCAGACAUGAGAUUGGUCGUGUCCGACGGGUUAUUUAUAUCAUUCUUAUCUUGAAACAAACAGAGCUGCUCGGCCAGCAGGGUCGACACGAGUGGGAGUCAACUAUCAACGCAGAAACCAAGAGGGUGAUUUAAAGCUGAGGCCACUUCACCGUCACAACAGAUCUGCCAUCAAGAGGAUGGAGUUUUCUGAGCACAUCAAGACUGCCAACGUAGAAGAUGUUGUCCUCCGGCAGCCGCUCCACCCGCCCUACAGAGGAACCCUGUGCAUCACCGGCCACCACCUGUUGUUCUCGGACAGGGAGGAGAAUAGCAGCCGGCAACUGCUGCUGCUGCUUAGGAACAUUGAUGCCAUUGAGAAAAGCGUGGAAAAUCUUCAGGCCUAUUCGGGGCGGGUAGCUAAUGCAGGCCGCAAAGAAAGAACAUCUGGAUCUUCAGGAACGAUAACCAUCAAAUGUAAAGAUCGUCAAGUCCUGCAGCUCGACAUUCCCGGCAUGGAGCAGUGUCUCAACAUCGCACAUUCCAUCGAGGCGCUCUCCUCUCUGGACUGUGUGGCGGAGAUGUACCCCUUCUUCUACAGACCUUCAGAUCUCAGCCUACCACAGCAGUGGGGUCUCAACUCCCAUGAGAGACUGUAUGCACAAAUAAAGUCAUUGUCUGACCGCUGGCGACUGAGCUCAAUAAAUGAAGACUUCUCAGUUUGUCCAUCGUACCCCCAGUCUGCCAUCGUACCAUGUGAUGUGGAUGACGACAUGCUAAGAAAAGUAGCCAAAUUUAGACAGGGAGGUCGAUUUCCGGUCCUCUGUUACUUCCACAAGAAGAAUGGCAUGGUCAUCAUGCGCAGCAGCCAGCCAAUGACCGGAGCUAACAGGAAGCGCUGUCGUGAAGAUGAGCUUCUCCUUCAAGCCGUGAUUGACAGCUCAGAAAAAGGUUACAUCAUUGACACGCGCUCAGGUCAGCAGGCACAGCAGGCCCGAAUGACAGGUGGAGGCUUUGAGUCCAAAUCUAUCUACAGCAGCUGGAAGCGGCUGCACAGACAGAUGGAGAGAGGUAAAGCACUUCAGGAGAGUUUGGUGAAGCUGGUGGACGCGUGCAGCGACGAGUCUCACAACAUGGACCGCUGGCUCAGUCGGCUUGAAAACUCAAAGUGGUUGUCUCACGUCCAGACGGCUCUGUCCACUGCAGGUCUAGUGGCAGAGUGUGUGGAGAGGGACGGUCACUCAGUUCUAGUUCACGGCUCUGAAGGGGCUGACUGCUCUUUGCUCAUCAGCACUUUGGCACAAGUGAUCAUGGACCCCUGCUGCCGCUCACUAGAGGGCUUUCUGGCUUUGCUGGAGAGAGAGUUCAUACAGGCUGGACAUCCAUUCCAGCAAAGAUGUGCCCGCUCUGCCCACUCUCAUGCUCGUCUCCAGCAGGAGUCGCCCAUCUUCCUGCUCCUCCUAGACUGUGUGUGGCAGGUGUGGAGGCAGUUCCCCCUAGCACUGGGCUUUUCUGAGGCCCUACUCCUGAGACUGGCAUCUGAGGCCUACGCGUCUGACUACGGAACUUUCCUCUGUAACAGCGAGCAGGAACGGUCAGUCAGCACAGAUGGCUUGGUGAUUUACCUUGCAAAGUCCUCACAACUCCUUUUUUUUAAAACACAUAUUUCAAGGAGUGCUCUGGGAGUAAAGAGCAAGACCCACUGUUUGUUCCAGGCUUUGCUGAGGCAGACAGAGAAGUACUCGAACCCUCUUUAUGAACCCACUGAGCUGGCCAUUUGGCCAUCAGUCCACCCUCAAUCCCUGCAGCUAUGGAGAGGGUUUUUCCUCAGGUGGACCCAACAGGCACGUUACUUGGAGGAAGCACAGGAGGAAAUAAGGAACAUGGUCAACGAGUGGGGGAAGGCUGGUCUUCAGCUGAUGACAUCUUAAGGCCAGAGAUACAAGAAGAUUAUUGUUGUUGUGAACUGAAUAUCUGAAAAACAAAUUAAC